CGCUGGCUUGUGUGGUGCCGGACCAAUGCGCUCGACAACGGGUCGUCGUCGACAACGUCUUCCGACUCGUCGACGACAGCGGCGACAUCAUCGCCAUACCCACCAUCGCAGUCGAGACGACGAUCCGAAUCUGACGACACGUUUCACCAUCGCCGCAGAGAUCUUGACUUCGCGAGUGAUCAAGCUUGAAGUGGGUGUGUCGUGCGUCAUGUCGUCCCGCGGUUCUGGACGCGGCAAGUCCGCCACCAACCUGGCAGUGGAAGCGGCUGCCCGGGAGAAAAAGGGUCGCCACGUCGUGAACAAGAAAAGGAAGCUCUUCCAAGGCGGCUCCUCACUUGCAAGGUAUGUCGAGGAUGAAGAGUGGGUGCCGGAGGGGGUGGCGUCGCAGGUGGAAAGCGACUUCGAGGAAAAGGAAGUGUCGUUCAAGCGGAAGUCCUCGAGGCGGGGAAGUGGAGGCCUCCGGAUCGAGGACGUUGGCGAAAGACGAGGCGAAGGAGGCCGCACAAUAAUGGAAGACGUCAUCGACGUCGACCCCGCGACGACAUCCAGGCAGGGCGGGAGGACUGCCGUCACACAACAAAAUCGCGCACCCAUGCCACGUGUGAAUGACGGCCAGGCCGCUCGAGAGGGUGUCGUCCGCGCACGGACACCAACAACCCCACGGGCGACAACGGCUACAGAUGUUGGUGUGAACGUGCAAGCCAUCGCUCAGGGGAACAAGAGCCGCUCUCCUGCGCUGGAGAUGCGCAGCGGGGCCACAGCGGCGGGGGCUUCACAAGCGGCUGAAGGAGUGAGGGCAGGCGGGGCCAAGGCAGGGGGGUGUCCACAGGCUGGGGAAGGGGUGAGGGCAGGUGAUGUCGUCGGACCAGGUGAGGACGACGAAGUGCUGGUGAACAAGGUGCGUCAGCGGUAUACGUGGGACGAAAUCGAGGCAGUGUCGAAGCUGUGGGUGGACGACCUCCGCUUCUGGAACGAAACGGAAGGGAACGACAUAGUGAAGUUGAUACAGGAAACGCGUUUGUGCUUCGGCCGGCUCGGUUGGGAGGUGGUGGCGACGUGCUUCAGCCGGCUCGGUGGGGAGGUGGUGGGUAGAUGCUUCGGCCGGCUCGGUGGGGAGGUGUUGGGUAGGUGCUUCGACCGACUCGGUGGGGAGGUGGUUGGUAGGUGCUUCGGCCGGCUUGGUCGGCAGAUGGUGGGUAGGUGCUUCGGCCGGCUUUGUGCGGAGGUGGUGGGUAGAGACUUCGACCGACUCGGUGGGGAGGUGGUGGGUAGGCGCUUCCGCCGGGUCGGUGGGGAGGUGCUUCCGCAGACUCCGUGGAGAGGUGGUGGGUGCUUCGGCCGGCUCGGUGGGGAGAUGAUGGGUAGGUGCUUUGGCCGGCCGGUGGGUAGGUGCUUUGGCCGACUCGGUGGGGAUGGGGUGGGUAGGUGCUUUGGCCGGCUCGGUGGGGAUGUGGUGGGAAGGUGCUUCGGCCAGCUCAGUGGGGAGGUGCUUCGGCUGGCUCGGUGGGGAGGUGGUGGGUGCUUCGGCCGGCUCGGUGAGGAGGUGGUGGGUGGGCGCUUCGGCCAGCUCGGUGGGGAGGUGGUGGGUAGGUCCUUCAGCCGGCUCGGUGGAGAGGUGGCAGGUAGGUGCUUCGCCCGGCUAGGUGGGGAGGUGGUGGUUAGGUGCUUCGGCCGGCUUGAUAGGGAGGUGGUGGGUAGAGACUUUGGCCGGCUCGGUGGGGAGGUGGUGGGGAGGUGGUGGGUAGGUGCUUCGGUCGGGUCGGUGGGGAGGUGCUUCGGCAGGCUUGGUGGGAAGGUGGUGCGUAGGUGCUUCGGCGGGCUCGGUGGGGAGGUUGUGGGUAGGUGCUUGGGCCGGCUCGGUGGCGAGGUGCUUCGGUCGGCUCGGUGGCGAGGUGGUGGGUGCUUUCGCCAGCUCGGUGGGCAGGUGGUGGGUAGGUGCUUUGGCCAGCUCGGUGGGGAGGUGGUGGGUAGGUGCUUCGGCCGGCUCUGUGGGGAGGUGGUAGGUAGGUGCUUUGGCCGGCUCAGUGGGGAUGUGGUGGGUAGGUGCUUCGGCCGGCUCGGUGAGGAGGUGGUGGAUAGGUGCUUCGGCCGGCUCGGUUGGGAGGUGGUGGCGACGUGCUUCGGCCGGCUCGGUGGGGAGGCGGUGGGUAGAUGCUUCGGCCGGCUCGGUGGGGAGGUGUUGGGUAGGUGCUUCGACCGACUCGGUGGGGAGGUGGUUGGUAGGUGCUUCGGCCGGCUUUGUCGGGAGAUGGUGGGUAGGUGCUUCGGCCGGCUUGGUGCGGAGGUGGUGGGUAGAGACUUCGACCGUCUCGGUGGGGAGGUGGUGGGUAGGCGCUUUCGCCGGGUCGGUGGGGAGGUGCUUCGGCAGACUCGGUGGAGAGGUGGUGGGUGCUUCGGCCGGCUCGGUGGGGAGUUCGUGGGUAAGUGCUUCAGCCGCCUCGGUGGGGAGGUGGUGGGUAGGUGCUUUGGCCGGCUCGGUGAGGAGGUGGAGGGUACGUGCUUUGGCCGGCUCGGUGGGGAGGUGGUGGGUAGGUGCUUCGGUCGGCUCGGUGGGGAGGUGGUGGGUAGGUGCUUCGAUCGGCUCGAUGGGGAGGUGCUCCGGCCGGCUCAGUGGGGAGGUGGUGCUUCGGCCAGCUCAGUGGGGAGGUGCUUCGGCUGGCUCGGUUGGGAGGUGGUGGGUAGGUGCUUCGGCCGGGUCGGUGGGGUGGUGCUUCGGCCAGCUCGUUGGGGACGUGAUGGGUUUGUGCUCCGGCUGGCUCGGUGGGGAGGUGCUUCGGCCGGCUCGGUGGGGAGGUGGUGGGUAGGUGCUUCGGCCAGCUCGGUGGGGAGGUGGUGGGUAGGUGCUUCGGCCAGCUCGGUGGCGAGGUGGUGGGUUGGUGCUUUGCUCGGUGGCGAGGUGGUGGGUUGGUGCUUCGGCCGGCUCGGUGGGGAGCUGGUGGGUAGGUACUUCGGCCGGCUCGGUGGGGAGGUGGUGGGUAGGUUCUUCGGCCGGCUCGAAGGGAAGGUGGUGGUUAGGUGCUUCGGCCGGCUCGGUUGGGAGGUGGUGGGGAGGUGCUUCAGCCGGCUCUGUGGGGAGGUGGUGGGUAGGUGCUUUGGCCGGCUUGGUGGGGAUGUGGUGGGUAGGUGCUUCCGCUGGCUCGGUGGGGAGGUGGUGGGUAGGUGCUUCCGCCGGCGUGGUGGGGAGGUGGUCGGUAGGUGCUUCGGCGGGCUCGGUGGGGAGGUGGUGGGUAGAGACUUUGGCCGGCUCGGUGGGGAGGUGGUGGGUAGGCGCUUCGGCCGGGUCGGUGGGGAGCUGCUUCGGCAGGCUCGGUGGGGAGGUGGUGGGUAGGUGCUUCGGCCGGCUCACCGGGUCGGUGGGGUGGUGCUUCGGCCAGCUCGUUGGGGACGUGAUGGGUAUGUGCUCCGGCUGGCCUGGUGGGGAGGUGCUUCGGCCGGCUCGGUGGGGAGGUGGUGGUUUGUGACUAUUGCUGUUUUCUAUUCGGCUUUCCACAAACACUUAGAUAGACAGAAGACGCCAAGAGCUAAAACAGUGAUACAGAAAGCACCAGCUAUACACUAACAAAGAAAACAUAGAGUC